GAUAAUUAGAACUAUGAAUUGGGUUGGGUGUAGACGUGUUUGACAUUUAUUGUGGUUUUGUUUUUAACAUUAAAAAUGAUUAAUAUGUAACUUUCUGCACAAGAAAGAUCCAAAUUUUAGUGUUUGAUUUCUUUCCUGCGUCAGUCUGUUUGACAUGCAUUUUAUGUCAAAGUUGAUCUGCGUACCUUCCAGCGCGCAUUUCAGCCAUGUCAUGUCUUCAAAUUCCACAACUCGGGGGUAGGAGAAAUACUUUCGGGUCAGAUUCUACACAAGAUGUUAGUUAAAUAUCAAUUUCAGAUGUUGUAAUUUGCUAAAAUUCAAGCGGCAUAAGUCAUGGGUUUUGGAAGCAUUACGUGUACCAAAGAAAAUUGUCCUUUAAGUUAUUUUAAACACAUGUGCUACAAUACUAUGACGUACACAGUUUGUUAAAAAAAAAAAAAAAAAAAAAAGUGUUUAUUUCAACCAUUUGUUUUAGACUUGAAUGGCUUAUAAAUGAAAAUAAACUAUACUUCCGGAACAGUCGAUGAAUGCUCUUGACGUCGUAACAUGAAAUUGUCACUAAAUUAUUAUUAAAUGUGCCACAUUUUUUGUUUAAAAAAAGAAUAUUUCUUCAACAAACAAAAGUUUUAAACUAAUCUAGACUAGCAGACACAUAUUACCACGGAAAUAUGUUAUAUUAAUUUUUGAAAAUGCCUUAGUCACAAAAUCGCGCAUGCGCGGGACAUCACCUACUGUUUCGGCGACAUAAAUAAUACGACGGAAAAAGAACUCGCACUCACUAAAUUGUGCGUCAAUAAUACAAAUUCUGGAUGUGUAUUAUUUCGAUUGACUGUCGAGGAAAAUUAUACCCUCAAAACAAGGGAAACGAUAAGAAAUCUCAGUCUUUUCACACUUCCGGACGACACGGAAGUCAGUGGGCUUGAACGCUCUCAUUUCAUCUGUACUCCUGAGCGAGCUAAUUCAUUUUUAUUCUUAGAACAUUGCCUUUGAAGGAGUCGCUUAUUGUGAUGAGAGCAAAACACUAUGCUGCUCACUAUUGUCGUCGUUACAACAAGUGUUUCCUGGAAUACGUCAUGGCGUAAAAUUGACAACUAUCUUACAGGACCGUUAACGCCGCGCGUUGGUCAAACACAAACAGGUGUUUCAUGGAAGUAACGGGACUCUUGUGGCGCAGCUCGGAUGGAGUAUCCAUACGCGAAUAACAGUAUAUAGUCCCAUGAACGCACAACAUCAGCCGCAGCGACAUGGCCAACUGUCCACGUCUGUGGUUACCAAAAGUGAAUGUGCGUCAUGACUACUUAGGCCUGAGGUCCUACGAGGUCUCUCCUUUGACGUCUUUUGGUGAUGUGAAGCAGUUAAUCUAUGAAGACACAAAUCUGCCAGUCAGGGAGCAGCGACUCACUCACAAUGGCAAACUGCUGGAUGACAGUGUGCCAGUUGGUACCUUGGUGCCCACAGGAAGCUCUGAGAUAUCGGUCACACUGGUGGGAAGAGGACUCAAAGGAGGAGGGAGAUUCGGGCAGACGACUCCACCACUAGUUGAAUUUCUCAAAGAUAUUCUUAGAAGGUACCCUGAAGGUGGACAGAUUCUGAAAGAACUGAUUCAAAAUGCUGAGGAUGCUGGAGCCACUGAAGUCAAGUUCAUGUAUGAUGAGACGGAGUAUGGGCUGAAGUCCCUUUGGUCACCUGACAUGGCUGAAUAUCAAGGAACGGCAUUGUAUGUCUACAAUGAUGCUGUGUUCACUGCUGAGGACUGGAACGGGAUACAGGAGAUAGCCAGAAGCAGGAAAAGAGAUGAUCCACUGAAAGUUGGACGAUUUGGGAUUGGAUUCAAUUCUGUCUACCAUAUUUCAGAUGUCCCCAGUAUAUUCAGCGGAGACCAGAUUGCCAUGUUGGACCCUCACCAAAACCUGUUUGGAGUAAAUGAGUCAGGACAGUGUUGGAACUUGAAGACAGAUGUUAAGGAGAUCUCAGAAUUGUCGGACCAGUUUGCCCCAUAUUUCGGAAUUUUUGGUAGCAGUGAGAGGACUAUCAAAGAUGGGUUCUUUCCUGGAACACUGUUCCGCUUCCCACUCCGCAUGAAACCUUCCCAGCUGAGCAGCAAUCUUUACAACAAAGAAAAGGUUUUGGAACUCUUUGAGUCGUUCAAAGCUGAUGCAGAUACUGUGUUGCUCUUUCUGAAGUGUGUUCAGAAGAUCUCACUGCAUGUGCGUGAAUCCGAUGGCAUGGAGCGUAUGCUGUUUUAUGUGACAGCUCAAGAAAAUCCUGAUGAUCUACUUGAAAGGACAAACUCGUUGAAAACCCUUGGCCAGGCAGUUGAUAGGUACAGCAACCGUGUUCUGAGCUCCAACAUGACCUGUGUCACUUACCUGGUCAUUAUGGAGACUAAGAAUAAAACCAAGAACGAGUCCCGGAAGAUAAAUUGGCUUGUUUGUAAUGGAGUUGGUGGUAGAGGAAUGUGUGCGGAGUUGGACUCUCUUGCAGACGACUUAAAAUUCAUGCCUACCGUUGGCAUCGCCCUGCCUUUAACGCCAAUGGACAAAGAGGAUGACGGGGCAACCUCAGGUUUCUCAGGGCGAGCAUUUUGCUUCCUUCCCCUCCCUGCAGGUGAGGAAGGUGAGACAGGACUUCCAGUACAUGUCAGUGGGUUCUUUGGCCUCACAGAUAACCGGAGGAGUAUCAAGUGGCGGGAUAUUGACCAGUGGAGGGAUCCAGCUGCCUUAUGGAAUGAGCUACUUAUAGUCAAUGUCAUCCCUCAGGCUUAUUUAAUUCUCAUCACUGAGGUUAUCAAAAGAGUACAGACCAAAUCAGAUCAUGCCUUUCCCUUAUCCCCGACACAGACUUAUGUGGCCUGGCCAGACCCGAACCUUGUUAAAUCCAGGUGGAAACCCAUCCUACAACCCCUGUUCCAUGACCUCUUGCAGCACCAUGUCUUCUAUUCCCUCACUGAAAGCUGGGUCAGUCUGGACCAAGCUGUGUUCUCAGAGCUUGACAAAGACAGAGACAUUUCACAGACUGUAAUAAACUACCUCCAAAGCUCAGGGAUGCAGGUAACACAGGUGCCUGCUGCAGUGGACUCUGUGUUGGUGGCCUAUGCUACUCUAGAGUCCACAGAAGUGAGAAAGAUUACGCCACACUUGCUACGACAGGUUAUCAGGAAAUCCAAACUCAAACAGUCUUUAAUGGAAAAGCUGCUGCUACUGGAGUUUGUUCUUAGUGACGGCAAUUACAGUGACCUAAUAGGACUUGAACUCCUACCACUCCAAGAUGGAACAUUUGCCACAUUUUCAUCCUCUGUCACUGAAAAGGAUUCUGUUUACAUUUCAUCUGCCGAUUUCCCCAGGUGUUUGUAUCCAGGGCUUGAUGGUCGAUUUAUUCUGGAAAGUAUUAAACCUUCAGUAUUGGAAAGACUAAAGGAAGCUGCCAAAAGCAGAGUUCAGCGGUAUCUUUGGGGGUGCUCAGGAAGACCCUGUACUCAGCUACAAAUGUUGAACCCUGACCGUUCAGCAAGGCUCAUCAAGGAGAUCCUAUCAACAACCUGGCCAAAUAGAGACUUCAUUACCCAAUGGGAACCUGGAAAUCAAGAGCUGAUGCAUCCAACAGUUUCUUGGCUAAAGAUGAUUUGGAAGCAUCUCUACAUACAUUUCGCUGACGAUUUAAGUACAUUUGAUGACAUGCCUUUGAUUCCGUUUGUGCCACUGGAGGAUUGCAUGGAAACAGUUAAACUUUUACGCCUCAAAUGUCCAUCACCUAUCAUUCUCGUAGAUGAGAAUGAAACGCCACUCACUGAAUGCCUUCUUCAAGUUAUGGAAAAGCUUGGUGCUGUCGUCAUGAAAAAGCUGGAUUCAUGCCUGCAGCAUCCGCAGCUCAAAAAUUACAUCCAUCCCUGCUCUCCUGCAAUGUUACUCCGAAUUAUGGAUAGAUUGUCAAUGCAGCGUUUAGUUAGCCAGGUCUCAACAUUUUCUGUCCAAGAAAGGAUUACUCUUAGAAACUUUCUAUCUGGAUUGUCUGAUGUCACAGAAAAGGAAAAGCACACCCUACUUGAGCUCUCCAUCUUCGAUAGAGUUGGGACCUGUCCAGAAGGUGCUUCAGCUUUUACAUCACUCAGAGGGGCCAGAGCUUUGCAUCACAGAGCAAAGUACCCACCAGAUGUAAAAUUAUCUCUUUGUCUAGUGGGUUCCCAUGAUGAGGAGUCUAUUCACCUAAUCAAGAAACUAAAAGUAGCACAGGUGAAAACAACUGAGUGUUUGAAAACGAUCAUCCAUGAUGUUCAUGGUGGAUUCUACACACAAGAUGAGAUUACCAAAAUUAUGUUUUGGGCGCUUAAACAUUUGGCCUUUCUAAAGAACGAAAACUCAUCUGUCAUUGGAUGGCUCUCUCCUCUUAAAUUUAUUGAACUGCCUUGUGGAAGGGUAGUGACGGCCUCAGAACUUUUUGAUCCAGAUCUGGAGAUUUUGCAAAAUUUGUUUUACAAGGAAGAGGAAACCAGGUUCCCCAGUGGUGUAUUUACCUCAUCCCCUGAUAUUCUACAUUCACUACGACAAUUGGGGCUAAGGAACGAAGUACAACUUAGUGAGAAAGAUGUUCUUCAGGUGGCAAAGAAAAUAGCAGAUUUACAAAGUCAUCCCGAUCCUGAGUGGGAGUUCAUAAUCAAAAAGGCAAAAACACUUCUGCAGAUUCUCAACAAACAAACCAAACUAGUAAAAUCAACAGAUACUCAGGCAUCUUUGUUAAAACUUAAUUGGGUACCUGUCUGCAAAGAAAGGCCCCCAACCUACCCGAAAUCCCUGGCUUGGGUUGGAGAUACUCUCAAUAUCAGCUCUCUGUCUGAUAUGUGUAACAUAUCCCAUGCUGUACUUGUGGGAUCUUCAGUUGCCCUGGUUGAACACACAUCAGCUGGUAUGAAGAAAGCAUUAAAACUAAAUGUUGAGCCGCAGGUUGAUCAAGUCUUACAGCACUUAAAAGCAGUGAAUGACUGGCAUAAAUCUCAAGAUUUCACGACAGAGGAUUGGUAUCAGUUUCAGCAGAUCCUGUUUGAGAUAUAUGGCUUCAUGCAAGCCCAUCUUGAGGGUGCCAAAGAAGCAAUGACAUCAUUGCCAUUUGAUUGGGUGUGGACAGGAAAAACAUUCUCAGCUCCUAGCCAAACAGUGUUAAAACCUCUACCCAACUUAGACUUGCAGCCAUAUCUGUACUCUCUUCCAAAAACAAUGAGAAAGUUUCACAAGCUAUUCAAGUUUUGUGGUUCACUUGAAGAAGUUUCCCCGAACCAUGUGCUUGAAGUGAUAAUCACAAUCCAAAAAAGAAGUGUUGGAGAGAUUACCAAUGAGGAAGGCAAACAUGAUGUUCUGCUUUUGAUCAACAUUCUUAGAUGGCUUUACAACAAUCAAAUACAUGUUGACACUAACAUGCAUGUUCCCAUUCUUAGUUACAAGGAUCCAAGCAAAUUAGUAAUGAGGCCUAUUCAUGAAUGUACUUACUGUGACAUCAAAGUAGACGAUUUGAAUGACCUACUAGAUGAUACAUCAGAGCCUAUCAUAUUGGUCCAUGAUGACAUCCCCAUGAAAACUGCAGAGUGGCUAAAAGUACCAUGUUUGAGCACAAGGCUAAUAAAUCCAGAGAAUCUUGGUUUUGAACAAUCAGGCCAACGCGAACCUCUCACAGUUAGAAUAAAGAACAUCCUGGAAGAAUAUCCAUCUGUAGCAGACAUUUUUAAAGAGCUUCUCCAGAAUGCAGAUGAUGCAGGUGCAACAGAGUGUAGUUUUCUUAUUGACAUGAGAAAAAACACAGACCUCCGAGAGAAUCUCCUUGACCCAGGCAUGAUAGUGUGCCAUGGACCGUCCUUGUGGUCUUUCAACAACUCUGUCUUUACAGAUACAGACUUCCUAAACAUUACUAGAUUAGGUGGUUCAAUGAAGAGAUGUGAGGCAGACAAAGUUGGGAAGUUUGGCUUGGGCUUCAACUCAGUUUAUCACAUAAGUGACAUCCCCAUUAUAUUAAGCAGAGAGUUCAUGAUCAUGUUCGAUCCAAAUAUCAAUCACAUUAGCAAGCACAUCAGAGACAAGUCUAAUCCAGGGAUCAAAAUCAACUGGAGCAAACAACAGAGACGAUUAAGAAAAUUCCCAAACCAAUUCAAGCCUUUCAUUAAUGUCUUCAAUUGUCAACUUCCUCUGGCUCAAGAUCUACCAUACAAGUACAAUGGAACAUUGUUCAAGCUCCCAUUCAGAACCGAGCAAGAGGCCUCAGUGAGUGAAAUUAGUAGCUUAUACUACAACACCACAGACAUCUACUCCCUUGUUGAUGAGUUCAGUAUAUGUGGUCAUCGGUUCAUUCUGUUCACUCAGUAUGUUGGUUGCAUGGUCCUGAAAUACUUGAAAUAUGAAGAAUCAAAUCCUGCUCGAGCACAAGAUGUUGUCACCAUAAAUAAGAGUGUGUGGUCCUCCAAAGCCUCGUAUGGACCCCUGAGUAUUCUUAAAUCUGCAGCUAAGGUCAUGAAGAAAGUAGCAACCACCAGUAAAGUACCUUCUGAUAUUCCCAAAUCUGGCUGCAUCAUUCGUGUGAUCGUAGAAGAGUUUCAUAACGUCUUCAAGCGGAUUGUUGAUCUACACUCGCCAUUGUUCAGAGGCUCUGAGGAAGAUCCAAACCAGUACUUUGAAUUGGCUGCAAAAGGGAUUCCGACAAGAAGAUUAACAGAUGAAAUGCCACAGAAGGCAGUUGAGGUCACCAACUGGCUCAUUUGUUCAUGUAUGGAUGGAACUGAGGCACUCAAAUUUUCACUCAGUGAUAGUGGGAAAAGGCUUGGACUUGUGCCUUGUGGAGGAGUGGCUGUUCUACUUACAGAAGUAGAAAACAAAAAAUGGACUGUCAAGUCAAACGUCACUCCAAUAGGAGAAGUGUUCUGCUACUUACCUCUCAGAAUAAAAACAGGCCUACCAGUCCACAUCAAUGGCUGCUUUGCCGUGACUUCCAAUCGCAAAGAGAUCUGGAAGACAGACACGAAAGGAAGGUGGAAUUCUGUCUUCAUGAGACAUGUGAUUGUUAGGGCGUAUUUAGCUGCCCUUACAAUGCUUCGUCUGAUGGCUGAAAGUGGAGAACUUGUUGACUACAGCUAUUAUGUGACAUGGCCUGAUCCAAGUCAGGUACAUGAUGACUUCACAUUAGUCAGCCAAGGGGUCUAUCAAGAAAUUGCCAAAGGAGGUGAUGGAGAGAAUGCAAAGUUUUUUUCUGAUGGCACAACCUGGGUGUCAAUUCAAUAUGUCAGAUUCCUUGAUGAUGCCCUACUCUGUAAGCCAGAUAUCGGUCCAGCUGCUUUCAAGAUUUUCUUGAAAUACCUAAAAAAGAGUGGCUCACAGAACCUUUGUGCUGUUGAGCUUCCUGAUUGGGUGAAGGAGGGUUUUGAUGAUGCUGGAUGUAAGAGAACCUUGAUGGAAAACACCAUAACAGAGAAGGAGUUCUUCACAGAUGUCUUUUUACCUCACAUUGAGGAAAUUGAAAAAGAGCUUCGAAAUCCCUUAAUGCAAUAUGUUUUGAAUGAGAAAAUGGAAGAAUUUGCAUCAAUUCUCAGGGUAACUCCUUGUAUCCCCUGUUCUGGUCCCAACAAGGAAUUAGUUAUACCCUCCAGACUCAUUCAUCCAGAAGGAAGAGUGGCUAAGCUCUACAAUACUGAUGAUGGAAGAUUUCCUGCUGGAACUACUAAAGACUACCUAAACCCAGUAUGCUUAGUCAAGCUUCUGCAGUUAGGCAUGGUGAAGGAUGAUCUGUCAUGGGAAGAUUUGAUUGAACGUGCUGAAUCAGUUGCUGCUUUGAAUGAAAGUGACCAUGCAGCUGCAUGUUUUCGCAGCAGUGUACUGCUGAGUCUCAUUGAUGAGAAACUAAAGAUAAGAGACCCAGGAUCACCUGAGCUGCUAGACAAGCUAAGAAAUAUCAAGUUCCUCCCAUUUCUGACAAGACCUGCGGGAUUCUCACUACCGUGGUACGGUAAUAGCUUUUCCCCAACAACAAUGUUCUCUGCAAGAGAGAUCUUCACAACUGAGCAUCAGGACAUAGUAUGUCUGAUGAAGACGGUGUUGAAUGAGAACUCUCCAUCUUUCAAAGGUUGUGGUGCAAUGUCACUGGCUGUGAAAGACUGCCUUGGUCUAAUAAAAAAGCCCUCAGUUGAACUAGUGAUCAGUCAACUUAAGAAACUAUCUGAAGCAUUUGAUGGCGUAACUCUUUAUCAAGAAAACAUAACAAAUGCCUGUUACAAGUAUCUGCAUGAGGAGAUGCUUCAGUGUGGGAAAGCAAAAGAGAAAUUGAUUGUAGAGCUGAAAACAUUUAACUCUAUCUUGGUAGAAAACACCUAUGUGAAUCCAUCCAAAGUUGCAUUCCACCUGAAUUUUGACGCAGCGCCACACCUUUACCAGCUCCCUAAUAAAUACAGAAACACCUGCCGCGAGCUCUUUGAAAAUGUUGGUGUAAAGCCCAGCUUCACAGUUGAUGACUUUUCAUCAGUACUUGAAAUUCUGAAGCAAGAAUGUGGGAGAAAAGCGCUUACUGAAGAAAACUUCCAGCUAUGCCGCAGAAUUAUUAGUGAGGGAAUAUGGAGUUUGAUACGAGAUAAAAGUCAAGAAUUCUGCCAAGCAAAUUAUGGUGUCAUUCUUUUACCAGAUUUUAAUCUGACACUCCAGCCAUCCAAAUCUCUGUGCUACAAUGACUGUCCUUGGAUUAAAGUUCGAGACAGUUCUGUGAAGUACUGCCAUGGAGAUAUUCCAAGAGAGGUUGCUGUGAAACUAGGAGCAGUCCCCAAACGUCACAAAGCAUUGGAGAGGUAUGCAUCAAAUGUUUGUUUCACUGCACCUGGAAGUGAGUUUGGCCAAAAGGAAAAGCUUACAAGUAGAAUAAAAAGUAUCCUGGAUGCAUAUCCAUCUGAGAAAGAGAUGUUGAAAGAACUGCUUCAAAAUGCAGAUGAUGCCAAAGCUACUGAAAUCUACUUUAUCUUUGAUCCCAGAACACAUCCCACUGAGAGAAUAUUUGAUGAUAAAUGGAUUCCAAUGCAAGGUCCUGCACUUUGUGUGUACAAUAAUCAGCCUUUCACUGAGGAUGAUAUCAGAGGAAUACAAAACCUUGGAAGAGGAACAAAAGAGGCAAAUCCAGGAAAAACUGGCCAAUAUGGCAUUGGAUUCAACUCCGUCUAUCACAUCACUGAUUGUCCUUCAUUCAUUUCAAACAAUGACAUUUUGUGCAUAUUCGAUCCACAUGCACAGUAUGCACCGGGAGCAACAUCUGUGAGUCCUGGAAGAAUGUUCAGAGACUUGGACUCCGACUUCCGAUCUCAGUUUUCUGAUGUUCUUAAUCUGUAUUUGGGAGCUACUUUUAAAUUAGAACGCAGCACCAUGUUUAGAUUCCCCAUACGCUCUACAGAUAUGGCAAAGAUAUCAGAGAUCAGCUCCAUUCCAGCAUCAGACAGAAUGGUGCAAAAUCUCCUGGAAAAGCUAAAAAAUGAUGGUGCAGAGCUUCUAAUGUUCUUGAACCACAUGGAGAAAAUAUCAAUCUGUGAAGUCAACAUUGUAACAGGAGAAUUAAAAGUACUAUACUCUGUAAUUGCAAAAAUAACAGAUAGUGAUCGCUUAAAACGCAAACAGUUCCAUGCUUCGGUCAUUGACAGUGUGACCAAAAAAAAGCCACUUACUGCUAUUCCAGUCCAACAAAUAACUUACACGAUGGACAUAGAGGAUACAGAAGGUAAUUUAACCACAUGGAUGAUCUGCAAUCGCUCUGGCUUUCCAAACAUUGAACUUGUCUCGAAAAGUGUGAUAUCAGCUCAUAAAAAUGAGGACAUAACAUUAUUUCCACGUGGAGGAGUAGCUGCAUGUGUUAGCCAUAAUUACAAAAAAGCCCACAGAGCUUUCUGCUUUUUGCCACUUUCACUUGAAACUGGCCUCCCAUUCCAUGUCAACGGGCAUUUUGCCCUCGACUCAGCCCGAAGGAACCUGUGGAGAGAUGACAAUGGAGUUGGGGUGAGGAGUGACUGGAAUAAUAAUCUGAUGAUGUCGCUGAUAGCACCAGCUUGUGUGGAACUCCUUGUUCAGAUCAAACGACGAUGCUUCCCAGGCCCUGAUCCAACUAUAACGGUGCUACAAGGAACACCCCUUCAUGUUGCAAAAGAUAUCCUUAAAAAGUUCUUGUUUUUCUUCCCAGUAAGCAAAAUUGACAUCCAGCCGGAUUGGCACUGCUUGGUCAAAGCUGUGUACAGCUGUAUCCAUUUGGACCUGAAGCGCCUUUUGCCUGUUGUCAGAGCACCACAAAUGGACAACUCUGAUAUGCAUUCUGUCAUUUACAUUUCAUGGGCAAACACAUCCCCAGCUACCAAGAGUCGAGCCUUUUUUGACAAUUUGCUACAAGAUGAACUCCAAAACCUAAAAAACACAGAGUACAAUAUCACUUCAAGGAAAUCUGUGGCUGAAAAUGUUUACAGGUUAAAAACCUUGCUUCUUGAUGUUGGUUUCAACCUGGUUUACAGUUGUGAUGAGACUGCAAACCUUUAUUUAUGCUUAGAAGAUGCAGGGAUUGCAGUGAGUUAUGUCACACCAGCAGAAGUACGCAAAUUUCUUCACACUUUCUUAUCACCAGACACAUCUUGCCAUGUCGGAAAGCUUCCUUGCCGCCUUCAACAAUCAAACUACAAACAUCUUCAUAAUUUGAAGCUUGUUGUUGACUACUGCUUCAAAGAUAUUGAGGUGGACGAAAUCAUUAUUGAAGGUCUACCUCUGUUGCUCACAAUGGACAAUGUUCUCCAGGUCUUUGAUUCUAAGAGACAGAAAUUUCUAACAUCGCAUCAUGAGCUGAUUCCUUCCAGAAAAGAGAUGUUUAUGAAUACAAUGUAUCUCAAAUACAGCACCAUCUUGAUAAAUGCAGAUCUAGCAAAGCCAUUUGACAUCAGCAGCUUUGGUGACCUUCUGGGAUCUGUAGUUCCAAGAGAGUAUAGAACAAAGAUUCCUGUUAAAUGGAGAGACUCAUUUGGAAGUGAAUCGUGGCUUAAGAGUGUGUGGACCUUCAUCAGUGAGAAUGUUGUUACCAAGGACGAUCAACAGCAUAUCAAACCAAGUUUUGAAACAGUUCUUGACAUCCUCAAAGACUGGGCUCUGCUACCUGGUACCAAAUUCAUGGCAAGAGAAAAGCUUGUUGUUCCAGAGUACGACAUGCUCUUACCCCUCAGUUUAAUCAGCAUAGCUAUAUUUCCACAUGGCCAAAAUGACAAAAUAUUCCACACUCUAAUGAAAGCAGGAUGCAUUCAACUUGCUGUGAACAAAAUCUGUGUCAAAGAAAAUCCAAUUGUGCCUUUUCUUUCGCAUCAUACAACAAACAUCGAAAAUCCAUCUAGUGUUCUGAAAGCUCUUGAAUACAUGAUUCAGACGUCUGCAUUCAAGGCAGGAAGCCUGACUGAUAAGGACUUUGAGGCCCUUCUUUUGUAUUUCAACUGCAACCUGGCGAACCUCACACAACAGGAUGCACAGAGCCUAAAACUACUCCCUUGCUUUAAAUCUGUUAGCGGAAGAUACAUCAGCAUUUCAAAUUAUGAGUCCACUUAUGUACUCGUGAAAAAUAUCCCCACUGCAGAUAUAGAGAAGUGGGCACACACAGCCACGUUUGCUUUUCUUGCCGAUAACCCUCAAUUGAAAGAACUGUACACUUUCCUUGGCUGCAUGCCAAUUGAUGACAUACAAAUAUAUCUUCGUCACCUCUUGCCAAAGUUUGAAAGUCUUUCUUACAAUGCCAAAGCUGAACACAUUGUCUAUUUAAAGGAUAGACUGUUGCCAAUGGAAGAGUCUUGUGAGAUGAAGGAUCACCUAUUUGAGAAACUGGAAGGACUUACAUUCAUCUAUGACUACUCAAACAGACUUAGGUCAGCCAAGUUUUUCUAUGACGAAACAGUGAAGGUGUUUGAAGUAAUGCUGCCUACAAAGUCGUUUAUACCAAACGAUUUCUUCAGGAAAGUGGAACAAGUUUCAAAACCCAAGAAUGGAACAUUCUCGCUCAGCCCAUGGAUAACCUUCCUGAGGAAAAUUGGUUUGAAGCAUCAAGUGUCCCAGCAACAAAUUCUUCAGUUUGCAAAAGAGGUCAGCAUCAAAUCACAAACAGAGAACUGGACCAAAGAAAAAGUGCAAAAUAUCAUUGAUGUUCUCCUAGAUCAUAUUUUUAAUGAAAGGGCGGACUUGUUACAAGGUACCUUUCUAAAAGAGCUUUCAUUGAUACCAUUUCUUUGUCCUGAAAGAGCUCCCAAAGAAUUAAUAAAGCUUCAUUCACAAUACCAAGAGAUGAGUGGGACACUUCCUCUUAUUCGUUUCAGUGGGUCUCAAGUCAAUCCCAAAUUCAAACAAACAGAUGUAAUUCACUUACUCUGGACAGCGUGCCCAGUUUUACCUGAAAAAGCAACUCCAUCAAGCAUAAAGGAGCAGGAGGGAAGCACACUUAAUGGACAAGAGCAACUUAAUCAAGUGCUAGCCAUAUUAGGUGUGAACCUGGACCCGCCAUUGGAAAAAGUCAUUAGUAACUGCAAGAAUGUUUGCAACAUAUCUAAUCCAGAUGAUGAAAUGGUAAAAACAAGGAACAAAGUUUUGAGGUCCACAUAUGAGUUCUUAAACACAGAUAAAAGAGAUUUUCGCCAACAGCUUAGAGGGGUGACCUUUGUAAUGGUGGAAGAUGGGUUUAAGUUGCUGAAACCUGAAGAAGUUGUGAUUAAUUUGGACAAUGAAUCUGACUUCAAGCCCUAUUUGUACAAAUUACCUCUGGACCUUGGCACCUUCCAUCAACUAUUUAAACUUCUUGGCAUGGAGGAUGUUGUGUCGACCAAACAAUAUGUUGAAGUGCUGUGUCGGAUCUACAGAAGUUCUGAAGGCAAGCAGCUUGACCCUAAUGAAAUGAGAACCGUCAAAAGGGCUGUUUCUGGAUUGUUCAAAGCUCUUCAUAAUGAGCCCGUGGACAUUCGGAGAGCUCUGGAAAGUCUCAGAGAUUUGAUAUUUUAUCUGCCAAGUCAUGAUGGAAGAUUAGCCAAAUCCAGCAGUUUGGUUUAUGAUGACGCCCCACACUACAAGAGUCGAAUUCAGGGUAAUGUUGGCGUUCAGAUGCUUGUUGACCUGAGUCAAUGUUAUCUGGGCAAGGAUCACACGUUCCAUACAAAGUUGAUAAUGCUGCUUCCUCAGAAUCUAAGGCCGAGGCUACUAAGCAGCAUUCUUGAAGAGCAACUCGAUGAAGAAUCCCCCAAAAUGUGCCAGUUUGGAGCUCUGUGUUCACUUCAAGGUCGCCUCCAGUUGUUGCUCUCCUCUGAACAGUUCAUCACAGGACUGAUUCGAAUAAUGAAGCAUGAGAAUGAUAAUGCAUACCUUGUGAAUGAGGAAAAAGCCAUAAGGCUUUGCAAAGCACUUUGUGAAGGGCUAAAAGUAUCAUGUUUUGAGGAACUCCAGACAACUUUAAGAGUAAAAGGAUGUAGCCCCAUUCCACAUAGCCGCAGUGAAACGCUUGCCUUCCUCAAGCGGUAUGGCACUGCUGUCAUUCACCUCUACGUCCAACAUUCAGACAGCAAAGACAUCAAUUUUCUCUUAGCUCUGGCCAUGACACUGAAAUCAGCAACUGAUAAUUUGAUUUCAGACACCUCCUAUCUAAUUGCCAUGUUGGGCUGCAAUGAUAUCUACAGAAUCACAGAGAAGCUGGACAACCUUGGUGUUAAGUACGACUCCACAGAGCCUUCCAAACUUGAGCUACCCCUCCCUGGAACACCAAUUCCUACUGAGAUACAUCACACACUCCUCAUGGAUCCACUAAAUGUUUUCUACCCUGGAGAAUAUGUGGGUUAUCUUAUUGACUCUGAAGGAGGAGAUGUAUACGGGUCAUAUCAUCCCACAUACACGUAUGCAAUCGUUGUUCAGGAAGUGGAACGAAAUGAGGAGAAAGACACAACUUCCCUUGGAAAAUGUUUCCAGAUUGACAUCGGAUACAGCGAGUACAAAAUAGUCAGUUCCCUUGACUUGUACAAAUUCUCAAGACAAGAUGAAAGUGCGAACAUGCGGGAAAGUGCUCCAUCAACACCUACAAGUCCAGACAGCCGUACAUCAGGCCAACAAAUGUCCCAUCCUCUUUUUGCUAGCAAAGAUAAUCAGAGGCCUCUCACGCAAAAACAGUCCCCCAAAAAGAUCAAGCUUAAUGCUCUGCCAGAGAUCCUAAAAGAAGUCACAUCAGUAGUCGAGCAAGCUUGGAAACUUCCCGAAACAGAGAGAAAAAAAAUACUGCGCCGACUGUACCUCAAGUGGCACCCGGACAAAAAUGCAGAGAAUCUUGACAUUGCAACAGAAGUCUUUAAGCAUUUACAGAAUGAGAUCAACAGAAUGGAAAAGCAGGCUUUGUCUGACCAACAAAACACAGAUAGAGCAUCAAGGAGGCCUUUUUCCACAUCCUCUGCUCGCUUCCAGUCAGAGAAGUUUUCCUUCCAAAGGUUUUAUUCGUCAUGGAACCAGGAAGCAACGAGUCACAAGUCAGACAGGCAGCAGUCCAGAGGAGAUUACACCAGCAAUGCAGGUUCUUCACACAGCCACCGGUAUUUUGUGCCACCAACUUUUAAGACUGUUGGAAACCCUGUGGAGGCUCGCAGAUGGCUGAGACAAGCACGAGCCAACUACUCCGCGGCUCGUAACGACCUCCACAAAAAUGCCAAUGAGUGGGUGUGCUUUAAAUGUUACCUGGCCACAAAACUUGCACUUAUUGCAGCAGACUAUGCAGUGCGAGGAAAGUCUGACAAGGAUGUCAAGCCAACAGCCCUGGCGCAAAAGGUGGAGGAGUACAACCCUCACUUGUCCGGGCUUGCCAGCGAUGUUCAGAUCUUGGAAGGCUAUGGCGUAGACAGUCUGAGAACUCGCUACCCUGAUCUUCUGCCCUUUCCGCAGAUCCCCAAUGACAGAUUCACUUCUGAAGUGGCCUUGAGAGUGAUGGAAUGUACCGCCAGGAUUAUAAUAAAGCUUGAAAACUUUGUCCAUCAAAAAAUGUAAAUUCUUAGGAUUACAAUGAGCACUGAUGACCAGGGGAUGUGUGCAAUAUGGCGGUCUCUAGCUGGCAGCUUUUGGUUAUCUAUGCACUUGUGAUUGUGUGUGAAUAUGUAUAUGUGCGGCUCCCAUUACAGAUGAGGCUACUAGAACACACAUCUAGUGUAAUAAAUGUGCAUAAUACUGUAAAUAUGAUUGCCUCGGCAAUAUGUUUUGUUUACCAAAGGUCCCAGCGUUGUUUUUUAAAUGCUGCUUUUACUUGAUUUUUUUUUUUUUUUUUUUACAAAAAAUUAUAUUUUUUGCCACAAAAACAGGAUUGUAAAAGAUGUGCUCAAACUAUGAAACAAAUAUUGGUCAUCUCUAAGUGUUAGAUAUUGUUAUGCAAUGUCCGUUUCAUUUGUUGUUCUUUUUCAUCAUGUUCAUUUUGUAUCAUUUAUGCAAAAGUUGUACAUUUUAUGCAAUCAUUUUAUUGAUUAAGCACUUUUUAUGUGUAUACUCAUGGUCUCGCAAUUGUCUUAUCAUCUUUGAACAAUCGACACUGAUUGUUUUUGUGUCUUUUUGGUUUUACAGUGAUCCCUCACUAUUUCGCGCCCUCCGUCCAUUGCGGAUUUAAAAAAAAAAAAAAAAUUACAGAUGAGCUGUCCCGUGCCUCCCUACCUCUCCCUGCUCUUUGUUGGUCCUGGAAGUGAGUGCACUGGAGUUGCCUUUUUAAAGUUAACAAGGAUUGACAGCAGUUAAUGUUUGAUCUUGGCAGAGAAGCAAAUUUCAAAGCACCGCAUGCGUCAAUCACUGUAACUUGUUAAACAGUUGCUGUGUCAACUCGUGUGUAAGUGUGCAGUUUGAGCAGAUUUGAGUGGACUAACUCAGUGAAGCAUUUAAUAAAGCCAAGCAUUUUUUUUUGCUUUGUUCUUGCUUAAAAAUAAUUCGGUGGGAGAGUAACAUGUUUAAAACUUAUCAUCAUUACUACAUUUAAAGUGCUUAAAAAGCAUUUAUUAUUAUGUAUACGGCGGAAAACACUCAGGUGACUUGAAGUUCUGCUCUGAGACCCCCAAUUUGGCCAAAUUUCAAAAUUGUCCGAUAUGCGCGUGUGAUACAUUUGGAAAGCUUAAAAUUUAAAUUUCUGGGGGAAUAAAAAUUUUGAACAGGAGGGCAAUUAAAAAAAAUUAAAGACGCCAUGAUUUUAACGAGAUAUUAUCGCGUACUUACCUUGUUCCGAUCCAAAAACUCCCAUGUAUCACCGAGUGUCGAGACACCGCUGUGAAUGGCCACAGCCAAAUUUGGGGGGGAUUUCAUGGGUGAAACAUGGUAAUACAACAAGGGUCGCGAUGCAGAAAUCAAAGACAUCAAGGUGGUGGUCGAGAUUUUAUUUUUCAUAUAUUUACUCUUUUAAACUUUUUUUUUUUUUUUUUCAAAUUUUCUUUGGAUCGAUUAUUCAUCAUUUGACAUAUCGGGGAAACUGCGACAGUAACAAAAAAAUACAAUUAAGCAAUAGUUAUGAGGUCGAUAUCUGUGACUUACAGACACCUUUUUUAAAAAAAAUUGUGACAUUAUUUGUUCAAAAGUUUAAAAUAUGCGACUGAAUAAUUUUUUAAAGUCGUUUUUUUUUCUUCCCCCAGAAAAUUGAGAUUUUUAGCUUUCCAUUGAUGUAUCACACAUGCAUAUUGCACAAUUUUGAAAGCUGGCAAAAUUGGGAGUCUCAGAGUGGAAUUCCAAGUCACCUGAGUGUUUUCCGCCAUAUAUAAUAUACAUAUAUACAUAUUUUUUAUUAUACUUUGGAGAAAAACAUGUCCUGUAUGUAUAUACAUAUCUUUACCAUUCUAAAUCUGAAUAAAUUGAACACACACACCCCAAAAAAAAAUUGU